CAAACGGUCCAGAAGUCCAGAAGAGAACCAUGGAGCGCACGUUCCUCCUCUUGGCGGCCUUCAUCUUCUCCAGCGGCCAGUGCCAAGAUACGGACCCCUCCAGGGACCCCGAUGCCAGCCUGGCCGUCUGCAAGCCCGACAUCACAUCGGCCGCUGUGCCCCGGGUGGCUUUCACUGCCACACUGGGCCAGCCCCUCGGCCCCGUCCCCAUUGACAUGCCGGUCAAGUACCAGGGGAUCAUCUCCAACAUGGGCAACGGCUACAACCCGGCCACGGGCAUCUUCACCGCCCGGGUGUCCGGCAUGUACUACUUCAGCUACACCAUGUACAACAACGAUAACGGUCUAGUGGCCAACUCGGUGAUGUCACUGAUGAAGAACAGCCAGCGGAUGGUGUCCACCUGGGACAUAGGGAAUGACGGUAACGACAGUGCCACCAACGCCGCGGUGCUGCAGCUGGAGGCCGGAGACAACGUCUACAUCAAGCUCUACGCCGACCGCGAGUUAUUUGACGAUGGCAUGCACUACAACACCUUCAGCGGCUUCCUGCUCUUCCCUCUGUAAAAGGUCCGUCGGCCAUUUAGUGAGUUUUGAGGUUGAUUUUCCAGAGUGAUGGUGGUUGAAAGGAGGGGUUGGCUAGAUUAGCGUUUUCUUGUUGACAAAAAUAUAUAUUUUGGCUCUGUACAACAGUAACGAAAAGCAUUUAUACACAUAAAAUAAAAUCUAUAAUGUUUGACAUUAAUUCUGUGUGGUGUGAGUUUUUUUGGAAGAUAAAUAGAAGGGGAGAGAGGGGUUACAAACCGCUAGAUGACUGGGCAUUAACCUGUGUUUGUUCACUCUAAAAUGUAUUUAUAUUAAGCUGAGCACUCCUAGAAGGUUCCUCGGGAUAUCCUAAAAGGCUUAAUGUUAAAACAGCUUAACGAGGCAAAGAAAUAUUUGACUUUGACGAAAAAAAAGAAAAUCAAACAUCUAUAUAGGACAACAUCUCUUGAUUUUUUUAAAUAUGGUAAACACCCCCCAAAAACGGAACUCAAUGUGGCUAAAUGACCUUGAAGAAAGUCAGAUUGAGAUGAAAUUCAUAUCAUUCACUUUUAACCAUGAGGACAUGAUGAGAAUAGCAAGUCUAAAGGAACUUAGAAAUAUUUCAAAAGGGGUCAAAUUUAGGCGAAAACUAGAGCUUAAUGAUGCUUAAUGACAGGCAAUAAAAACAUCAAAAAACUCAUAAUUUAUCCCUUUUUUUAUUUGGAUAACCGUUCUGCUGUUGGUGUUAUGGCGCAUAACACGUCAGUUCUUCGACGUCUCUAGUAUUUCCACAACGAGACUAUAGUUGGGGUUAUCUUAGCCAUAGUUGAGAAGGAAUUGGGGGAAAGGUACUUUGGCUUUGACUCCCUGAAGUACAUGAACUGCGACAUGGAGGAGAAAGGGAUUGUUGCCAGUGUUUGUCUCCCGCCGGAGCCCCGCUGCCCGCACGCGCGACUUGGUCCCACUCCUCUGGAGCCUCCACAAGACCUCCAGCCUUGGGGUCACUCACUACACUAUUCAGCCCGACGUGGUGAGCCAUUUCGGCAUCGGGCGCCUUAACCCGGCGUAUGGUUCAUCCCGCAGCGCCAGUUCUGCUUACCAACAGUGGCCCACUGGGCACUCUUAUUCCACGCCCUGCGAGCAGGGCCUCUUACCCGUUUAAAGUUUGAGAAUAGGUUGAGAUCUUUUCGGCCCCAAGGCCUCUAGUCAUUCGCUUUACCAGAUGAAACUGUGAGUAAUGAGCGCCAGCUAUCUGGAGGGAA